AACCUUCUGACUGACUUCCCCAGUUUACUCACAGUUAGCUGUCCCAGCUAACCGCCAACAUUGCUGUCCAGAUUUAUAAAUAGUUUAGAGGCUGUUUGUUUCAUCCGUCUGACACUCGACACCGAAGGAUCUCACAGACCCACAUGCUAAACUCAAGCCCUUAUUCCGUGGCCCCAUGGUGGACAAUCUCUGCGGGAUCGCUCCUCUAUUUCUGUCUGGUCUCCUGUCCUGAGUUCCUCUGCCUGCUGCUGGUCAGAUCCUCGGAGAUCUCACAGUGGAUCCCAAAGCAGAUUUGAAUUAUUCUUAUUGGGAAGACCCAGGAUCUCCCAGAGAGUGGCUGUGUGAGCUUACAGGCCAGCAUUAGAUCAGCAAGGCCUUCUUUUGGAGAGAGGGAGUUACUAAACAAUCACCAAAAGUAUGGACUUUAAACCUGGAAGGAAAGCAGUAGAUUCAAGGAUUAUAUGUGCAAAGCCAAACUAAAGCAGACAAUGCCUUUGGAUCAAAUCCUGAACAGAGGCCCCAAACCCCGGGUGCAGCAGCUCUACCAACACAAACAGAGUCAAACUUUAAGGUCAAUACUUGCAUGAAUGACUGAACCACUGAAAUCCAAGUUUUUUAUCUGUAACUUUGCAUCAUGACCUCGGUUGAGAAGCGCCGCUCAAGCCGGAGGAGCAGUGGGCACAGGAAGCACAGCGAUGGAGGCUUCAGUGACACGUCGAGUGGAGGCUCCUUCCUGGAUGAGACUGAUCGGGAGGUCAGCAAUCUGACAGACAGAGCGUUCAGAAGCCUUUGCAUCGGAGACGAGGCUGUUUAUAAUGACUCUGACCUCAGUUGGUCUUCGCCGAGCGCCCAGUCAGACAGACAGCUGGCCUUUUGCAGAGACAGCGAGGAGAGAGAAAGGGAGGACCGAAAGAGAGCUGCGCAGGAAGAUUUCAACCUCAGGGUGCAGCGAUAUGAGCAGGACUGGAUCACUGGAGGGACGUACGGAGCAGCGAUCCACAGAGAUCAGCAGUGGGGGGCGUAUGGGGAAAGGACACAGGGGACGGUUUCUGCCACAUUCCAGCACUCCUUAGUGGAAACCUCGCAGCUGGACACGUCUCUGAGAGAGAAGGAGCUGUCCUUCCUCAGCAACGGCACCACAGAGUUGAGUUCGCAGCAACGCAGAAGCCACUCGAGAGUUUCUUCUCUCAUCCGGGCUUACGGACCUGACGGACACAGAGACGGAGGGGGAACGGCCGAUAAGAUAAGAGAGCGGGAUGGUGGGACAAGUUGGGACAAAUCAGCCCUCAUGAGUAUUCAGAGAGAACUUUCUGAAUUUUCAUACCAGCAAAACUUUAACAGCCAUCAUUUCCAUCCUGCCGGGCCAUUUUCAUGUCAGGACGCCAACUUCUAUUCCUCUGAAUCGCAAACACUGGCGCAAAUAUCUCACGGAUUUAUGAGGUCGUCACAUAUUAAACACAGCAUGUCCUCACAGGCCAACUGCAGCUCCAACUUCUUUAUUCACAGUGAGUUCAGUCCCUUCAAGUUAUGGAGGGAUUAUAACAGGUUUCCCUUCCAGCAAGCCCAGGCCUCAGGCUUCAUGCAUUACUCAGAGUUUCCUAAAUGGUACCGGACGCCAAUGUACAAUGAACCUUCUCUUGAAAAUCAAGCGCACAGUCAUCAACGAGAUGCCAGAAACCCGAGGAACUACCAGGGACAGCCGGUUCCUCUCACGGCUCCUCGCUCCGUCUCUACUUCCUCUCAGGUGCAGAGAGCUUCAGCUGUGGAGAAACGGUGUGAGUCGGAGCUGGCCGUCCAUCAUCCGCACAGGAAGUGGACACAGAACCUGGGGACUAACAAACUCCCUUCCCAUCGACCAUCAACUGCAUCACCCUCAACUGAGAUGUCUCGCCGCGUCAGAGACACCAUCAGCUCCGUCAAAGCUCUGCAGCAGAAGGUUAAAAUGAUGUCAGAGCAAGAUUUGACUAACGAACAAGGAGUGUUUGGCAGGAAUGAAAGUUGGGUUCACUCAAGCAACAAUGCAUUGUCAUUGGAGACUAAUUGCGUCAGGAGUAACACAGCAAAUCCCUUUAGAGCCGGUCAGGAGCUCACCCCUUCAGUCCACCAACAUCAGGACGCAGAGACGUCCCGUUUACAUCAGCAUGAAGUUUCCCCUCAACCUGUGGAGCAUGCGCCGGUGCGAGCUGAAAGCCGCGGAGCGACUCCAGACAUCAGGAGGUCCAGCUACAGAGCCCGAGCCACGAGCCUUCUUUUCAACCUGAAAGACAACAGAAAAAGAGUGAAAAGCACCUACAGUCCAACCAAAUUCAAAGGCUUGGAUACGCCGGAGAAGACCCAACAGUCGUCUGUCCAGGAGCCGCCAGAAGCUGCAUUUACUGAUUCAGAUGUUCAGGGUCUCCAGCCAGAAGCCCCCAGAAGGACAAAUGCUGCUGUAAACCAGUAUCAACCCCCUGGACCAUCAAUUACACCGCAGACUUCUCACCCUGUCAGAAUGAACACAGCUCAGUAUCCAGAAAACACUGCAAGCUCAUACAAUGCAGCUCCGAUGGGUCACGGCUCUAGAUUCAGUGGCUUCGAGCCUUCACAUUACACCAACAAUCAGCGGGUGGGAAAUGGGCAGCAUCCCGAUAAAACUCUAGCAUCAAUUACGCCCUAUAGGCAAGAUAUUCAUAGAUCUGAAGACAAAGUUCAGCAGCCUUACGCAGCUGUGGACACAGCGAGGUUGAACGUUGACAACAAUCAGCACAGACAACAUCUAAUGGGCAAAGCAAAUACAGCGUCAGUUUUUAAUGAAACUACGGGAAGGGUGUUGACGAAGUUGGACACACAUGAGCAGGUCCAAGAAAACAAAUACGAUUACAAAAAUGUGUCCACGCAGGAUAGCUGGAGACAAGUAAACAGCCAAGAUCCAGAAAACACACAUCUCAAAAUAAACAUUUCCCCAUUGAAACAGGAGAACGCGUCUUUAAUAGAAAGCUCAAAGCAGCAAAACAUGCAUGGUGGAAAGAGGGAACAUGUAAAAGAUGUCAAUUUAAUGCAGAAUUAUAACAGAUUUACCGAUCAACAUGGCAGAGGACAACAAGAUCUUUAUUUUACAUCAGAUAAACCCAUAACCAUGAUAAAAACCGGUCCAAUCAAGCAAAAUAUACCAGUUCUAAAUGAGAAAAUACAAAAUAAGACCCAGUUCGAAAAGAAAAAUCCAACAAUUAUCCCCGGCAAUGCAUCCACCGUCACAAUGACAAAUCAGGUAAAGGACGCACAGAAUGUAGACAGCAAAGGUGAACAGGUCCUGACAUCACACAAGAAAACACAAUAUCCACAAGCAGAGCUGGCCAAAACCCAGCAGAAGUCCAACCCAGAGCCAUCAAAAGCGGAAUCAGCUGGGUUUAUUUUAGCAGGGCAAACUGGGUUCGAAACUGUCAAAACGCAAGAGUCCAAAUCAGAACCGACAGAGCUGCAAAAUAUAGGACAAGUCAAAGAAAGUCAUAUAAUUAAAGCGGGGGAGGGAAAAGAUCAACAUAAAGAAAAGUUAGGAGACAAAUGUUUUCAGACAGAAAACGAGAAGCAGAUAAAGGCUGAAAAAGAAAGGGCCCAGAAACUGACCGACGAGCCAAUAAAUGUCACAGAGAAAGUCCCUAAGAAGCCCAAAACAGAACAAGCUGAAGCGGAGAAGCUAAAAGAGGAAUGCAUAAAAACCAAACUGGCAAAGACUGAGACGCCUGAGCGGGUCAGUAUAAACCAAGUUAAACAUGAACAGGCCAACGGCCUGCAAGCUGAGGAAAAACAGCGGCGCACAGAAACAGCUGAAGGAGAGGCAGAGAAAAUCAAGACUGAAAAGGUUAAAGCAGAAAAGAUCGGAGGCGAAAAAAGAGAGCAGAUGAAAGAGUCAGAAACCAAAGCAAGAGACACAAAGAGAAUGGAAGUGGAAGUGUUGGAGAUCAGAGCAGACCACAUGAAAGUGGAGGAUGUCAGAGAGGCUAGGGAUGAGAAAGACCCAAGUCCUGCUCGUCAAAAAUAUUUAGAGAAGGCUUCAUCAUCUACAGGAGCAGAAAAGGCAAAGCUGGAAGAAAACCUGGAGAAAAAGGAACCCAAGCAAUCAAAAACAGAAAACCUGCUGUCAGCUAAACUCUCAGCUAAGGUUGCAGCAACGCAGCAGGUCAGACAGGAACCAGACCGAGUCGAGCAGGUUAAGACGGAGCUAGCUAAAGCCAGAGCAGAGUUGGCCAGAAUAAAGGAGAAAAUGAGAGGAGAGCAAAAAGAAAAAGUGAGAAACAUUCUUUUUAGUAAAGAGGAAGCUACGUGGAAGAGCAUCGAUCCUAUAGAUACAAAUACAGGUAGAAAUGUAGGCAGCAUAAACCAGAGCCACCCAGCUGAAAUGCAAACCCAUGCGGUCACUGAUGAUUAUCAACGGCUCAGGGAAAAAUAUGGUUUCACUCAGGCGGCAUCAGCAAACAGCACCAAAGCGUCAGUCACAGAAAAUGUUCCCUCAAAUGAUCUCAACGAUACUGCAGUAGGGACAGGAAAUAAAUCGAUUGAAGAGCCAUGUCUCAAGGACUUAUUUUUGACAUCGGGCACAGACGAUAAGGUGGGAGUUAGAGGCUUUAAAGGCAGCGAGGAGAAAGGCAGUCCAUGUGAUCACAAUAAGUCAUUAAAUGAACCACAGUUUUCUGGCUCUCAUUGUCUCCACACAAAUCCCUAUGAUAAAGCAAACAGAGAAAACGUAGCAAAGAAAGGGAAGGACAACAGUGGUCAGAGAACUGAUGUUAUUAAAGACACAGCUUCACUGCAAAAGGACUCUGUCACGGUCAAACAGGAAAGAAAGUCAAAUGAUCAACGUUUCAGCACAGGAAAAGACACUCCCCCUACUGCUUUACCUCAAAAGGCGAAAGCUCAAACUAAGCAGGAGAUACUGACUUCCAAAAUAAAAGCUCACGCAGAAAAAGAGAUUUCUGCAAUAAAAGAAAAGGGAUUUGCUUUACCAGAAGGUUUUAUAGGCAAAGGCUCCACCAAGCAGUUCACAUGUGGUCAGAGCGUUAAUGUCCGGCAGAGGCCUUCUUCACAGGAAGUGCCUAAAAGUGCCAAUAAAAUCACACCAAAGCAUCAGGUGGAGCCUCCAGGAGCAGAAAAAGAAGCAGCGGAGUGUGCUUCAUCUCUGAGCUCUGAAACAGUGAGCGGUCAUGCCGCAGAAAAACCUACAAAAACAAUUCAACCAUCAGGUGCCAGUGUGAGCAGGACAAUGCAAACAGAAUCCGAGAUCACGUCAAUAUCGCAACAAAAAGAGGCAAACCCUCCAGAAACAUCUGCAAAACAGAACUGGGAUGUGCAACAAGUAGCCAACGAUGAAGCUCUCAGCAAAACAAGAGACCUUACACAAGAUACAAGUACCUCUAAACCAGUGACCACAGAGGAAACUGAAACUAAGGAAGCAGCUCGUAAAGACUCAGGACUUGUGGAUUGUGUAAAUCAGAAAGAACCCCCUGUAACAGACGACACCGUGCAGAUUAUGGGGAUCAUGGUAACUGUAGUGGAAAGAAAGCCGACAGUGAGCAAUGUUCCCCAGAAUAGCAAUGCUGAAAAUCAAACCACUGCAGCAGAAAGAGAGUGCAAUAAAUCAGAUUCAGGUCAAGAAGAGGUCUUAGUGAAGGCAAAUGACUCAAAACAGAGUCAGUCUAUGGUGAAGGAAGAUGAGGCCGCUCUUGGUAAGGAUACUUCUUCACAGAACCUGCAGGAAGCUUUAACCUGGGAGGCAUUGAACAGAGAGACGACAGCAGAAAUGGCAGAUCUCCAGCUCAACAGUUGCACCGUUAACACAGAGCUACGACGGAUGAGACAACCAGAAGCGACAGCUCUAUCUGAUAGUGAUGAAAUGUUGGCCCAAACUCAACCGGUUCUCCACCAAACAGUCGCAAUUCAAGAAGAAACAAAGGAUGUCACUAUCAAAACGCCAAUGAAAGAUUGGUCCAAAAGCUUUGGACAAACAGAGGGAGGAGAUGAAGAAAAUCAACAGAAAGUGCAAAAGCCCCCGGCGAAUGAAAUAUCUCGUGAGAAAGUCAACAAAGCUGAAAAUGAUCUGCUAGUAAAAGAUGAUAUGAAAACAGGUAAAGAUUUUUCUAAAAGCAGCAGCAAGGACGGGCAUUGUGCUCCAUACCCAGAACAUAACAUCUGCCCCUCUACCUUACCAAGCUCACUGAGCAAAGGUGGUGUUCCCAAUAAUUUAGCCGUGAAUGAAACCAGGCAUGUGUCUCAAAACCUGCAGUCCACUGAAACACACACCGAAGGAAAUGGUCAAGAAGCUACGAGUGUCCAUAUUGACAACAUUGCCAUCAGAGCUGAGCCAGUUGGAGAUAAAAAAGAUCAUGUGGAAAUGGUGGAACAUCGUGACUUAAAAACUAGCCCAUCCAAUAUGGAGUCUCCCUAUGAACAGCAACAAGCUGCAGCAUCUAGCAGUGAAGGAAAAGCAACGAGUUCAACUAAUGGACAUUGUUCUGAAAACUUGAUUCAAGCAAACACUGAGCAAAACAGGAAAGACAGUCUGGAGGAGAAAUUAGCUGUACAGUAUGUGUUAUCCAGUGUACGGAAACUGUCUGACUCGUUGAAGGCGAUUGAUAAACAGAACAACACAAACGCAGCCAGGGAACCUGCUGUCGCCGAGGACAAGAAAUCUGAACCUGGCACACAGCUGGUGGAAGCAGAAUACUUUCAAGUACAAGGGCUAGCAGAGACGAAUGACGCGUCUCAUGGCAGUAUGGAAGCUGGAAAUGAUUCAAAGGCAGAGGAUGUUCUGAAGGUAUUACCAAGCAAGACAGUUAUCGGCAACAGACUGCACAAGGAAGAAAAAAGUGACGCCUUUGUGUUCACUGUGGAUCCAAGUGAAAGAAUAGCAGAUCUGUCAAGUUUAACAAAUAUUCAGGGUGAGAACUUGACAAGGAAACAUUUGGAGACUGAAGAUAAUACGGUUGCUCCAAAACAGAGUGGCGGUUUCAUGGAUAGUUGGAAUAAUAACAAAAAAGGGGAGUCAGGUCAAUCUAAUCCCAGCAGAAAACACAAUGAGGAAAACCAGUGUGACUCCUCAACAAUGGAAAGAGAGCACUCAAGUGAUCAACACUUAAAAAACACACAUUUGGCUAAAGAAAGGGCUGAAGUUAAACCAAAACUGAAAGAACGAACGUCUGCAAUACCUGAGAUCUCAGCCCUUGCGGACUACGCCAGAUUAAAGGUGAUUGUUUCAGAGGAUAAAGAAGUGCCGCAGGUUCAUCAAUUCCCUCCGAAUAAAAAGGAAGGGUUCUUCCCGCUAAUCCAAACACGUCACAGCAGAUGUCCUGUGUUUACUGAUGACCCACAAGACCCCUCUGUGAAAACUCGAAGCGUGCCAAAUAAGACAGAGAUAAGUGCCACAGCUUCUAAAGAGCCCAAAUCCCUAGUAUUUCCUAUCAUGGAGAAGGAACACCAAAGAACUGGGAUGUUCAAACUGGCAGACAAAGAAAGGCAAGAGAAAAUGAAUGCCAAAAUGAAAAUAUGUUUGUUAGACAAAAACGAAAGUCAAACAGAUACAAACAAUUUAUCCAAAGCUAAGACAGAACUAUUUGCUCAAGCAUCAGAGGGGCAGCAAAUGAGGCUUGUAGAAGUAGAGCAACAGAGAGAAGCUGCACGUGAGGAGCAGCAGAGAAGAGAAUCAGAGGAGCAGCAAAAGAGAGCUGUACAAAUGACGCUAUCAGGGAGGCUUGCAGAAGAAGAGCAAAGACCACAAGAUGCUCUCAACGAACAGCAAACAAGAGAAGCAGAGAAGCAACAAAGGAGGGCUUCACAAUUGGCGAUACAAGGGAGGAUUGCUGAAGAUCAGCAGAGGAAAUUUGCACAUGCUGAACAUCAGAGAAGAGCAGCAGAGGAGCAGCAAAGGAGGCUCGCAGAAGAAGAGCGGCAGAGGAAAGCUGCAGAUGCUGAACAACAGAGAAGAGCAGCAGAGGAGCAGCAAAGGAGGCUUGCAGAAGAAGAACAGCAGAGGAAAGCUGCUCACGCUGAACAUCAGAGAAGAGCAGCAGAGGAGCAGCAAAGGAGGCUUGCAGAAGAAGAGCGGCAGAGGAAAGCUGCAGAGGCUGAACAUCAGAGAAGAGCAGCAGAGGAGCAGCAAAGGAGGCACGCAGAAGAAGAACAGCAGAGGAAAGCUGCACAUGCUGAACAACGGAGAAGAGAAGCAGGGGAGCAGCAAAGGAGGCUCGCAGAAGAAGAGCAGCAGAGGAAAGCUGCACAUGCUGAACAUCAGAGAAGAGCAGUAGAGGAGCAGCAAAGGAGGCUUGCAGAAGAAGAACAGCAGAGGAAAGCUGUGCAAGCUGAACAUCAGAGAAGAGCAGCAGAGGAGCAGCAAAGGAGGCUUGCAGAAGAAGAACAGCAGAGAAAAGCUGCAGAUGCUGAACAACAGAGAAGAGCAGCAGAGGAGCAGCAAAGGAGGCUUGCAGAAGAAGAGCGACAGAGGAAAGCUGCACAUGCUGAACAACAGAGAAAAGCAGCAGAGGAGCAGCAAAGGAGGCUCGCAGAAGAAGAGCAGCAGAGGAAAGCUGCACAUGCUGAACGACAGAGAAGAGCAGUAGAGGAGCAGCAAAGGAGGCUUGCAGAAGAAGAACAGCAGAGGAAAGCUGCAGAGGCUGAACAUCAGAGAAGAGCAGCAGAGGAGCAGCAAAGGAGGCUCGCAGAAGAAGAGCAGCAGAGGAAAGCUGCACAUGCUGAACAUCAGAGAAAAGCAGCAGAGGAGCAGCAAAGGAGGCUCGCAGAAGAAGAGCAGCAGAGGAAAGCUGCACAUGCUGAACGACAGAGAAGAGCAGUAGAGGAGCAGCAAAGGAGGCUUGCAGAAGAAGAACAGCAGAGGAAAGCUGCAGAGGCUGAACAUCAGAGAAGAGCAGCAGAGGAGCAGCAAAGGAGGCUCGCAGAAGAAGAACAGCAGAGGAAAGCUGCAGAGGCUGAACGACAGAGAAGAGCAGUAGAGGAGCAGCAAAGGAGGCUUGCAGAAGAAGAGCAGCAGAGGAAAGCUGCAGAUGCUGAACGACAGAGAAGAGCAGCAGAGGAGCAGCAAAGGAGGCUCGCAGAAGAAGAACAGCAGAGGAAAGCUGCAAAAGAAUCACAGCAGAGAAGAGAGAUAGAGGAGCAGCAAAGAAGGGCUGCACAUAUUGAGCUACAAAGGCAGCUUGCAGCAGAACAUCAAAGAAGACAAGAUGCACAUGAGGAACAACAAAGAAAAACAGAGGAGCAUGAAAGGACAAUUGCACAGUUGGAGCAACAAAUGAGUAUUUCAGAAGUAAAACAACAGAGAAGAGCAGCAGAGGAGCAGCAGAGGAGGUUCAAGGAAGGGCCACAAGUGAAGAAGAGUGCACAUGAAGAGUGGGAGAGAACUAUACAAGAGAAACAAAGAGAAGCAGAGCAGCAGCAAUGUACAGCAUUGCAAAAUGAUCAACAGAGGAAAGCAACCGAAGAAAAACAAAGAAGAGCGUCACAACUGCAACAGAGAGAAGCACACGAACAGCAAAUGAUGAUUGUCCACGAGGAGAAGCAAAGAAGAGAAGCAGAGGAGCAUCAAUGGAGAGUUGCUCAGAAGAACCAGCAAAAGAUACUUUCACCGGAAGAACAACAAAGAAGAGAAUUAGAUGAGCAGGAAAGAAAAGGUGCACACGACGAGCAACAGAGGAAAGCUGCACAAGGAAAGCAGCAAAGCAUAACAUCUCUGCGUGGAGAGCAAAGGCAAGUUAAACAUGUCAAAGAGCAGACAGUUGCACCUAUUCAAAAAGAAACAAAGGGAAGACUAAGAGAAGAUAUAAAUGUUGCUCUCAGUCCAGAGAAGGAAAGCAUCAAACAAAUCGAUCUUAACAAAGAUAACAACAUGCAGGAUCAGGCUGAAGAUCCCGUGAAUGAAAGGCCUAUGGGAGAGGACAAAACUACGUCACAGAAAAGGUUAGAAAGUGAAAACAUGGCUGCUGAAGAGGAGAAAGUCAUGAGAGAACAGAGGGUAGAAAGGCAUGUCAAACAUGAGAGUGUUGAAGCACAAGAGACAUUAACUACUAAUGAUCGUCAAGCUAAAAAGGCAGAAGGUGACGAACGGUUAGCAUCUCUCAAAGAAAAAGCAAGAUACCUUGAGAUGGAGAUGGAAAACAGAGCAGCACAGAGGACAGAUGCCCUCCAGUAUUAUGCAAUCACUUCAACCAGCAGAGAAAGGAAACCCAGAGAAAGACAGCUGUCCUCCCCUUUACAGCCACUACAACAGAAUAAAAAAGUCACGGAGUUGGAAUCACCCAACGACUCUUUGUUCCCCACCAGACCUCACAGAUCUCCUGCGGCUGCAUCCCCAGCUCCAUCUCUGCCUCGUUCAAACACCUCCUCUCCUGCAUUAGGAGUCAAGCCCUUAAUGUUCAGAGUGAAGGAUAACACCAUGAGAGGUUCCUCUUUCACAAAGUCAGUCAAGCCACGUUUCCAUAGGAACUUUGGAGAGGAUUUCUCGACGCUGGGAGGGGGAUCAGAUAAAACGGAAGAAGACCAGGACAUGAUUAGACGGAAUGCAGGGACCCCAUUAAAUCGCUUUUCUGCAAUCAGCGAGUCAGCGGCUUUCUUCUCACCAUCUUCAUCACAAGACUACUCAAACUCUCUCACUCACCUGAGACCCUAUUCAAGGAGAAGCAUGGUGAUGGACGACGACGAGUCCCGCUCCAUCAUCAGCAACAUGUCAGAGGAUGUGGAGAGCUUUGCGACCAGCGCAGCAGACCUGACCGAUCUGCACGGCCAGUUUGACCUGGACAGACCCGAGUCGGCCUGCAGCUUCAGCAGCGAUGCGUCUCGCUCUCUGGGCAAACCUCCGGUCGUUCCGCCGAAAAGUGAGAAAGCCUUGCGCAGAGCCCAACGGUUAACCUCUCGAAGGAUGAGGAAAGAGCUUUCCAAGGCUGCAGCACCAGGCUCCGCGGGAGUUGGGAAAGAAGCCGCCGGUUUUCCUUCUUCGUCAUCCGCCUCUGACGAGGUACGCUCCACCAACCACCAUGCUGUGGCUUCCCCUCAUUUUUCUCCGCCUGUUACCUUUGCUCUUGCGCCAGCUCCUGGAUCUAGCUUGCCUUCUUCUCAUACAAAUCCCAAACCCUCUCAUUGCUCCUUCCAUGCUUCCCCUCAUGCCACCGGCCCCAUCUCGAUUCCCAGCCCCUCGCCUCAUGCCGGCUCUGCUGUGUCCCUUCAUGCUUCCGGCCCUGCUUCCAAACACGCCGCCCUUCAAACCGUUGCUCACGUAUCCUCUUCUCCCACUCUCCAUCAUGUCCACCCCCCGGCCCCUCCAGUGACACAGUACCACGUAGAGUCGACCAGCUAUCCCCAGUCCUAUCCACUGACGCAGCGCAAGGUUCUGCAAGAUCUGGGAUCCGGUCAGUACUUUGUGGUGGACGUACCUGUUCAAGUAAAAACGAAGACUUUCUUUGACCCGGAGACAGGGAAAUAUGUUCAGCUGAACGUGCGUCAGACCGCUCCGAGCAUUUCUCAACCUCCGCUUCAGCAAGCGUACCAACAGCCUCAAGUGCCACCCCAAAUGCCCCUCGCUUCUGUCGCCUCCGUUGCCAGCAAGCCUUUUAGGUUUUAUCAAGGCUACCACGAUUCUUCCCAGCACUACCAGACAGCGGUUGUCAACCCUGCGCCGCCGAGCAGCUCAGCAGUCCCGGCAACUCCGCACCAAAACCCACAGACGUCCAGGGAGGCCCACAGCUACGGGAACCCGGUUCCCGGAGUAGAUCAGAACUCCGAGGGGCGUCGCUACAGUCCAGAGAAGGCGCCAUACAUGGACACAGUUAGUGACGUCACCAAAACUCACAACUUGGUAAACAGCGUGCAGGAGAUAAGCGACCCUUUCCUCGACUGUGACACGGACAGCCAGCUUGGUAGAAGUUCAGUUUGUGAAAACGAACGCUCGGCUAACUCGGAGUAUCAACCCCGUGACAUUAUAGCCAUAAGUGAACUGGAAGAUUUCAUGGAGGUGUCUGACUGGUGAGAGCAAAAAACCAACGUAGACUUUUAAAGAAAGUAUUUGCUGAGAUUAUAACUCCGGAAACCUAAAAAUGUUUAGAUAAUGACGUUUGAACAACUCUUCAAAUGAAAUAAAUCUUGUUUUUGACCUAAGAUGUCACCGGGACGUGCUCUUAAACUGCUGCUGGUGCCUUUUUUCAGAGAUCAACUGUUCUAUUCUAUAUUUCUAUUCUAUAUUUAUUGCUACCAUUCCAUGUGACUUUGAAUGUCAGAAGCUAAGAUAUGUCUCCUGUGUUAACAGUAUCAUCUGUAUCUCAUUUCUUCAUAUGGUGAACACACCUCACAUAAACAAACUGCAAACUCCCCCGUUAUAAUGUUAUAAAGCGCGUUGGUUCUUGUAAGAAAACACAUUUACAUUUGCAUUAUGAGCAACGAAUGGCCUGCCUCACUUUUCCGUUUGUGAAAGCCUUGCAAUGCAUGAAAUAUUAACUCUUUGAAGGUUUUCAAAUGGUAUACAGCACAGCUUGUCUAUGCAGCAGGUGUCGAAAUGAACGUGGCGACAAGGCAGUGAUGAGAUUGAUGAGCUACUGUUGUUAAAUAUGUACAGUAGUCUAUUUUUGUAACAUGGAUGUUUCUCGGAGUGCUUUUGUGUUGCUGUGAUUGUAGCAUGACACGGACCGUUUCAGACAACAACAAACACCCUUCACACAGAUAUUUUGCCAUCAGGUGAUUGUCUUUUUUUUUCUUCUGAAGACUUAAAAUAAAAAAAAAAAGAUUUUUGAAAGAUUUCA